CUUAGGUUAAGAACCUACAAAAUGAGACGUUGACGAUAUCGCGAACUUGCCGACAACAUCUCGGUCCAUCACGCAAAACAGACAGCCACAAAACUCAUUCUCGCCGGGAAAACCCCCUCCGCCGUCGCGAUGAUGUGUCACUUGUUGCUAUUAGCGUCGCUCGCUACACUGGCCGUCAGUGUCCGCGGUUGGGAACAUGCCUCAGCGGAAUAUGUCGAGAGCACAUUAAAGGAGCACGAUGUCGUCGUAGUAGCUUUUGUUGCGCCCUCCGAGGAAAAGUGCAAGUCCCUAGAGCCGGAAUGGGUACUAGCAACCCCCGAGUCCAAUGUGUUAUUUCUGAGCAUCGACUGCACGGAACCAUCUCAUUCCACGAUCUGUAAGCAACACGAGGCUCCUUCGUCCUGGCCACGCAUCGAGCUUUUUGAAAAGGGCGAGGCCAAGGCAACUUACCUUGGGCCUCGGAGAGCCGCAGCUAUCCUCUCAUGGGCCGGACGGGUGCAACGCCCAACACUUUCUGAAGUUGACAAUGGGAGUUUGAAUGUUUUCAAGUCUAUCGACGAGACUGUGUUCAUCGCGUACUUGAACGAUUACGAUGAGUCUUCGCGCACCGCCGUUUCGGACAUUGCCGCGAAAUUCAAGGACGAGUUCACUUUCGGCCUCACCACAGAUGUCGAAUCCUGGGCUGCCGAACAGAUGGAAGCACCGGCGUUGAAAGGCUACAAGGCAGUUGACGGCGAUACUAAAGUCUUCCGAGGCCCCUUUGAUGUUGCUUCAUUGGAGUCUUUUGUGAAGGAAGCGUCGCGGCCCGUCAUCGGCGAACUAUCUAUCUACAACCACCAGCGGUACCUAGACCGUGGCUGGCCCGUAGUAUACAUAUUCGCCUCCACCGAGCGCGAACGCACCGAACUCCGCGCAACCCUCAAAACCAUGGCUAGAAGUUACUAUGACUCCCUAACCAUGGUGACGGCCGACCCUCUCGAGUUCCCCUCGCUACCGGCCAAAUUCGGCCUCGAACCAGGAGUCUUCCCCUCCGGCGCCGUUCACCAACUGUCCAACGGAAACAUCUAUCCUUACCCCCGCGGAAAACCCAUCACACCUCGGGCGCUGCAGAGCUGGGGAUUGGAGGUAUGGCAAGGGCGGGUGAAGCCGUGGUCGCCGCCGGGUGCAACACUGGCUCCGACUGAGAUGCAAGGGGAUGGGGGAGCGGGGCGGGUGAGGGCUACAAGGAAGGUUUCUGUGGCCAGUUUUCCGGGGAUGAAGAUCAAGCUUGGUCGGGAUGAGCUCUAGGGAGCUUCAGAGGUUGCGAUCCAGAAUGUUUCAGUGGUAGGAGUACUGAGUAAGAAGAUGCAAUCAGCCAACGGCUUACACUUUGCCGGAAAACUUCAUAGACAAUUGGGACGGGUCAGAAUGAGUCAGGUCAACAUGUAGAAAUAGUGAAAAUAGAUCAUCUGUGAUAAGUGUUCAAACCGUCUAUGCAUACCACUCGCCCGAGUGUAAGUAUGCUGCC